AUGAUGAAGAUCUUUGAAAGAAUGCAAGCGUUUGUUCAUAUUUACAAGGUAUUUUGUACUUACCUGACGUUUCUCCACACAGCAUAUCGAGACAAGGUGAAGGAGCUCCCUCUAGUGUCACUUUUGUGCUCCUGCAUCAACUCAAACCCUGCAGAAAAUCCCACAUACAAGGCUGAGGAUGCAGUGGAUCUCAACUGGUGUGUGAUCAAAGAUAUGGAGGUCAUCGAGCUGAACAAGCGGGCCUCGGGCCAAGCAUUUGAGGUGAUCCUGAAACCCCCCUCUUUUGACGGCGUGCCUGAGCUUAACACAUCUAUGCCCCAGCGUAAGGACCCCUCUCUGGAGGAGAUCCAGAAGAAACUGGAAGCCGCUGAGGAGAGGCGGAAGUUUCAGGAGGCUGAGAUGUUAAAGCAUCUUGCAGAGAAGAGGGAGCAUGAGAGAGAGGUCAUCCAGAAGGCCUUUGAGGAGAACAACAACUUCAUUAAGUAUGCUAAAGAGAAGUUGGAGCAGAAGAUGGAGGCCAACAAAGAGAACCGCGAGGCUUUGCUUGCCGCCAUGCUGGAGAGACUACAGGAAAAGGACAAACACGCAGAGGAGGUGAGGAAGAACAAAGAGCUGAAAGAGGAGGCCUGUCGGUAGAAGACUGCUUUGACUUUAGUCAAGGAGAUCAAACCAGUGAAGAGAAAAUAUAGCAAACGGUAGCCAAUACAUCUAAAAAAAGGGAACAUAUUGGACAUUGAUAAUGACCAUUUGCAACACACCACGCUUUUGUGGGGUUUAACAACAUCAAAACUACUUAAUAUUAUUAAAAACAGAAAGAUAUUUUCUAGAUGGCAAUGCAAGGUGCACAAAGAGUACGUUACUUGGUAGAGCCCAGAACGUUGCUUCAGAGAAAAAGAAUGAAUAUACCAAACCGAUCUUUAGAAAUGACAUGAAGAGGACAGGAAGAAAUAUUGAUGAAUAGAUGCUUUUUAUAACCUCCAUAACCAGUACAGAUGAAUAUGUUAACAUAAACUACAUCUUAAAGUCACUCUUCACUAAUAGCAGUACCACAAAAGGAUAUUUUUCCCAAAACAUGUGCCAUCUACUGAGGCUUUGGCUCAUGCUUCUUUAAUUAUCGUUUGAUAUUAAUAUUCAAUAAUCAAUAGGGUUUCAUAGAACCUCAGGCAUGCCUAUACAAUAUACAUUAUUAAGCAUCAGUAAUCAGGUGGCUAGAGGUUUAUCUAUUACAUUUCCUGUUGUGACGAUGUGAAGUAAAAAUAUGAUCAAAUGAAUAUUAGAUUAGAACAUUCUAGAUGCCUAUAAAUCCGAAAGCUCACAACCCUCUCAGAUACAUUAAAAGUGGAGCACAGUGACACUUUAAGCACAACUCAGAAGCACAUUUAGCUUUUUUUCUAUCAUUAUAUUUGUAUUAUGAUGCUCAUCAGUAGGAAAACACAUAGUGGCAUCUCAGAAAUGAAGAAUGAUAUCACUCAGGUGUGAGAAAAAGAUCCUCUUUGGAUUUGGGAAAUGGUUUUAGAUAUGAAUGGUGCACUUUGCUUUGGCAUGUCACUGAGCUUUAUUCUAGUCAUUUAUUUUACUCGUUCUAUACGAAGACAAAGGAGUUUGAUGUUGGUGUCUGCAUCAUCAAAAAAAGAGCCGUUCUAUGUGCAAUGAUGAGAAUUGUUGUUAAUCGACCAGAUUUGCUGAGAAAAUGGAAUGUAAAUGCUCCCUGUGUUUGUAAUUUCCAGAUGACUAAAUUCUCUAGUUCAAGUCAAAUAAAUGCUUCUCUUAACUAAA